AUGACAAUCCUGAUAAGAAAGGCAAAGGAAGAAGAGAUUCCCGCCAUCGCGCGUCUUGCCGGCGAAGUGUUCCAUCCAACGACCGAUUGGAUCACGCGCCAAGUCUUUCCUCUACACCUUCAGCCGAAAGAUCUUCCCGAUGGAGAAUCAUCGCAGCCGUGGCGUCGGCUAAGAAAGGCAGCGUGCUUCAAUACUCCAAACUGCGCCAGUAUAGUAGCAGUCGAUACUACUCUGAAUAAUCGGAUUGUUGGCUUUGCGAUAUGGGAUCUGCCGAUUGGAACCGAGGAGCCUCCUGUCACCCCUGCAGAUCCAGAGCUGCCGUCAGAUGUGACUGAUCUCAAAGUCUACGCCGAGCUUCAAUCCAUCCUGAAAGAAGACCAUAAAGCAACCUUUGGCGACAGAGAGCUGAAAGACGUGUGGCAUCUCGAUAUGGUUGGGGUUGACCCACAUCAUCAGCGACGGGGAAUUGGCAAGGCGCUUCUGACAUGGGGCGUGGAGCAAGCUACAAGAGAGGGUAGAGAUUGCUAUUUAAUGGCAACACCGCAAGGACGACCACUCUAUGAGUCAUUUGGAUUCGAUAUUGUGCGUCCGUUAAAUAUGUUUGGGGUGAUGCAUCAUUCAAUGAUACUCCGAGCAAAAGGAAAGUGA